GGGACCUCCUGUUGAGGAGGCGGGUGAUGGUGGGCUCCGUUGGGACGGCCGGCGAGAGAGGCGGGAACCUGCGCCAGGGAGAGAGAAAGGAGGGAAGAAGGAAGUUAGGCCGAGGAGGAAAGCGAGAGCCCGGCCCUAGAGGCGGCGAAGAGGGAAAGAGGCGGCAAAGGUGGCUUAUCUCCAGCUCAGGUGGAUUGGGACCUGGGAAAGGGAAGACAUGUCCAAAGUCAGGGACAAGCAGCAGCUAACAAGACUGGUGCUGUUACAAUUCAGUGUAGGUCAUCUCUUCUGAGACAGCUGCUGCCGGGACACUUCUCAGUGGCCACCUCAGCUCUUCCUGUAGGCAUGUUGUGGCCCACACACGCUGUUGGGUCUUAUUUGUCCAGUUGGAGAGGAUCCAAGACAACCCAGGCAGCCUCCAUCCACGGAAUCCUCAUCUAAUGCUCAGGAACCACCCUUUUCUAAAGAGGACCCCAAAGGAAAGACUGGUAAUCUCUGAAAAUCUCAAAACCAUGGAUCAGGGAUCAUUGUCAUUCAAAGAUGUGACUGUGGACUUUACUCAAGAAGAGUGGCAGCACCUCGAUCCUGCUCAGAAGACUCUCUACAUGGAUGUGAUGUUGGAAAACUAUUGCCACCUCAUCUCUGUGGGGUGUCACAUGACCAAGCCUGAUGUGAUCCUCAAACUGGAACGAGGAGAAGAGCCAUGGACAUCAUUUGUAGGUCACACCUUAGAAGAAAAUUGGAAAACUGAAGACUUUUUAGUAAAAUUCAAGGAACAUAAAGAUAAAUAUUCCAGAUCAAUUGUAUGCAUCAGCCAUAAGAAACCAGUUAAAGAGAAGAGUAACAUAUAUGAAAAGUCAAAAUCAAUCAUUCUAGGCAAAAACUCUGUUAAUUCAAAAAUAUUACCUCCUGAAUAUGAUACUCAUGGAAAGAUUUUGGAAAGUGUUUCAGAAUUAAUCAUCAGUAAUCUAAGUCCUGCAAGAAAGAGACUUAGUGAGUAUAAUGGAUAUGGGAACUCACUCCUCAGUAUGAAGCAAGAGAAAGCCCAUCAUCAAGUCAGAUCCCAUAAUCAGAAUAUCAGGGCUUUCAGUCAUAAUGAAGGGCUUAUGCAGUAUCAGAAGAUGGGAACUCCAGCUCAAUCAUUUGGAUAUGAUGAAAGUGAGAAACCAUUCCUUAAAAGGGGAGGCUUAAUUCCAGUUACACAUAACAGAGCAUACAGAGGGGAAAACUCAUCUGUGUUCAAUAAAAAGAGAAGAGCAACUAAUAUUGAAAAAAAACAUACAUGCUCUGAGUGUGGGAAAUCCUUCUGCAGGAAGUCAGUAUUGAUUCUGCAUCAGGGAAUUCACACAGAGGAAAAACCCUAUCAGUGUCAUCAGUGUGGAAAUGCAUUUAGAAGGAAGUCAUAUCUCAUUGAUCACCAAAGAACUCACACAGGAGAGAAACCCUUUGUUUGUAAUGAAUGUGGAAAGUCUUUCCGUUUAAAGACAGCUCUCACUGAUCAUCAGCGAACACAUACAGGGGAGAAAUCAUAUGAAUGUCCACAAUGUAGGAAUGCCUUCCGAUUGAAGUCACACCUCAUUCGUCACCAGAGAACUCAUACAGGAGAGAAACCAUAUGAAUGUAAUGACUGCGGGAAGUCCUUCCGUCAGAAGACAACACUGUCUCUACAUCAGAGGAUUCAUACUGGGGAGAAACCCUAUAUUUGUAAAGAAUGUGGGAAGUCUUUUCACCAGAAGGCAAACCUUACUGUCCAUCAGAGAACUCACACAGGGGAGAAGCCAUAUAUUUGUAAUGAGUGUGGGAAAUCCUUCUCCCAAAAGACAACCCUUGCUCUUCAUGAGAAAACUCAUAAUGAGGAGAAACCUUAUAUUUGUAAUGAAUGUGGAAAGUCCUUCCGCCAGAAGACAACUCUUGUAGCACAUCAGAGAACACACACAGGAGAGAAAUCUUAUGAAUGUCCUCACUGUGGGAAGGCCUUUAGAAUGAAGUCAUACCUCAUUGAUCACCACAGGACUCAUACAGGGGAAAAACCAUAUGAAUGUAAUGAAUGUGGGAAGUCAUUCAGUCAGAAGACAAAUCUCAAUCUGCAUCAGAGAAUUCACACAGGGGAGAAACCCUAUAUCUGUAAUGAAUGUGGGAAGUCCUUUCGCCAGAAGGCAACCCUCACUGUACACCAGAAAAUACAUACAGGGCAGAAAUCCUAUGAAUGUCCUCAAUGUGGGAAAGCUUUUAGUAGGAAGUCGUAUCUCAUUCAUCAUCAAAGAACUCACACGGGAGAGAAACCAUAUAAAUGUAAUGAAUGUGGAAAGUGCUUCCGCCAGAAGACGAAUCUCAUUGUACAUCAGAGAACUCACACAGGUGAGAAGCCCUAUGUUUGUAAUGAGUGUGGUAAGUCCUUUAGUUAUAAGAGAAAUCUCAUUGUCCAUCAGAGAACUCACAAGGCAGAAAAUAUGGAAAUGCAAUAAAUGAUUUGAUUUCUUUGUGAAGUCUUCCCAAGUUAUUGUUAACUUUUAAGGUUUUUUAAAGAAAGCAUGUUUUACAGUUUCAUGUAAUUUUAAUCACAAACGUAAUCAUGGUUAAGUACCAUAUCACAUAACUACUGUUUAUUAGUGAAUAAAAUGGGUGUAAUCAUUUUAGUGAAGUCUUACAGCUAUGAAAUAUUUUUUAAAGUUUUUAACUCAUACUUUAUUUUUUAAAAAAUACAUGCAGAGGCAAAUUAUGAAGUGGUUAUAAGCAUCGGUUUCUCCAGAUGAGAAACAAAAUAGCUAUGAACUAUUUCUCAUUGUACUCUGUGUAAUAAAGAGUAGUUAGUUUCUUUUCCAAAGAUUACCACUUCCCUGGCUUAAAAUGUCAUAAAGUAGUUUUUUGCAUGUUUUAUAUAUGAUCAUACAUCAUGAAUGUGUCUUGCUUCACUCAACAUUUUAAAGACUUGUACAUUAUUGCAUGUGGCAGUAGUGUAUUCAUUUUAAUUUUGUAUGCUAUUCCAUUUUAAGAAUAUA